AUCGCCACGUCUCUGCGCAUGCGCAUCCAGGUCAGUUCCGGGCUGGGUGCUGUUGUGUUGGGAGAUCAACAUCAGGCAGCUGCUGUUUUUAAUGACAUUUACUGUCUGCCUGUCCUGGAAAUUCUCUUUACUUUAACAAACGUUUAAUCUGUUGCAACAUCGACGUUUAAAAGGCUAGCUAAAGCGGACACAUAGCAGGAUGAAUUACAUCUGGGAAGUAGUGGGAAGGCAUCCAACAGGCCAACAGCCGACUGGAGCAGAAACAAUCCAAAAAUUGUGUGACCGAGUGGCUUCAUCCACCCUGUUGGAGGAUCGAAGAGAUGCUGUCCGUGCCCUCAAAUCUCUUUCUAAGAAAUACCGAAUGGAGGUUGGCACAAUGGCUAUGGAUCAUUUGGUUCGUAUACUGCAGACUGACCGGGCAGACACUGAAAUCCUAGGUUACGCUUUGGACACUUUGUACAACAUUGUUUGCAGUGACGAAGAGGAGGAACCAGAGGAGAACCAGCAAAAGCAGGAGGAUGAUUUGGGAGCUCAGUUCACUGAGAAGUUCAUUCAGGAACCAGAUAAUAUAACACUUCUCCUCACACUGUUGGAGGAGUUUGACUUCCAUGUCCGCUGGCCAGGAGUUAAGCUCCUAACUGCACUUUUGAAAAGCCAGUGUGCUCCGGUCCAAGGCAUCAUCCUGGUCAGCCCAAUGGGAGUAUCCAGAUUAAUGGAUCUACUUGCUGACUCCAGAGAGGUUAUCCGUAAUGAUGGUCUCCUGCUGCUGCAGCAGCUAACGAAAGGCAACACUGCAAUACAGAAAAUUGUGGCUUUUGAAAAUGCAUUUGAGAGACUUCUUGAAAUUAUCACAGAGGAAGGUUCAAGUGACGGAGGUAUUGUGGUGGAGGACUGUCUCUUAAUGUUGCUCAACCUCCUGAAGAACAAUAGCUCCAACCAGAAUUUUUUUAAAGAAGGCUCCUAUAUUCAAAAGAUGAAGCCGUGGUUUGAAGUGGGGGAUGACAACUCUGGCUGGUCGGCACAGAAGGUCACCAACCUCCAUCUAAUGCUACAGCUGGUACGAGUGAUGGUUUCUCCAGUGAACUCUCCGGGGGCCACAGCCAGCUGUCAGAAGGCCAUGUUCCAGUGUGAUCUCCUCCAGCAGUUAUGCACCAUCCUCAUGGCUACAGGUGUUCCUGCAGACAUCCUCACAGAGACCAUCAAUACUGUGUCAGAAGUCAUACGUGGCUCUGAAGUGAAUCAGGACUACUUUGCAUCAGUUAACGCACCAUCCAAUCCACCAAGGCCUGCGAUUGUGGUUCUACUAAUGUCGAUGGUGAACGAGAGACAGCCAUUUGUUCUCCGCUGUGCUGUACUUUACUGCUUCCAAUGCUUCCUGUACAAGAACCAUAAAGGACAGGGGGAGAUUGUAGCCACACUGCUGCCCUCCACUAUAGAUGCUAACUCUAUCUCAGCGGGACAGUUAUUGUGUGGAGGUCUGUUCUCAGCAGACUCUCUGUCAAACUGGUGUGCCGCUGUGGCUCUGGCUCAUGCGCUGCAGGAUAAUCUCACCCAGAAAGAACAGCUGCUACGGGUACAAUUGGCCACCAGUCUCGGCAAGCCACCCGUUUCCCUUCUCCAGCAGUGCACCAACAUCCUGUCCCAGGGUGAUAAGCUCAACCGGAGGGGCAGUAGGGUGCAGACGAAGGUCGGCCUCCUCAUGUUGCUCUGCACCUGGAUCAGCAACUGUCCAAUUGCUGUCAUGCACUUCCUGCACAAUCAAGACAAUGUUCCCUUUCUGACAGGUCAAAUCUCAGAAAACCUGGGUGAGGAUGAGCGACUGGUUCAGGGUCUGUGUGCUCUGUUGUUGGGCAUUUGUAUCUACUAUAAUGACAACAGCUUAGAGAAUUACACAAAAGAAAAGCUGAAGCAGUUGAUUGAGAAGCGCAUAGGAAAAGAAAACUUUGUGGAGAAGCUGGCCUUUAUAACCAAACACGAACUGUAUUCUCGUGCCGCUCAGAAACCUCAGCCAGCCUUUUCCACCCCAGAACACAUGCUGUUUGAUCAUGAGUUCACCAAACUUGUUAAAGAGUUGGAAGGUAUGAUAACAAAAGCAGUGCUUAGGUCAAGCGAGGAAGAGAAAAAGGAAGAAGAGGUGAAGAAAACACUAGAACAGCAUGACAGCAUUGUAACCCAGUACAAAGAGUUGAUUAGAGAACAGGAUUCUCAAAUAAAUGAGCUAAAGGAGCAAGUAACAUUGCUGACUUCCCAGAAUGAAAAGUUGCAGAACACCACAGCACAGCAGUUAUCUCAGAUCCAGCAGCACAAGGAUCAGUAUAACAUCCUCAAACUCAAACUAGGUAAAGAUAAUCAGCAGACGGGUAAUCAGGCAGAGGCAGCACAUGUGAACGGCCUGCAACCGGAAGAGCUGAGCCAACUCCGAGAACAACUUGAGGAACUGCAAAGACAAAACCAGCUGCUGCAGACACAGCUGACUGAAAAGGACUCUCUAAUAACCAGCCUGAAAGCUGAAGGAGUGCCAUCAGCAGAGGGUUCAACUUCAGAGGUCACAGAAUUACAAAAGGAGGUGGAGUUGUUGAAAGCACAGCUGCAGAGCCAGACCGCAGAGAUCACACAACUGCAGAGUAAAAGACAGGAGCUACUAGGAUCUGAGACUACAGGUGCAGCUCCAGGAGGAGACUGUGUCUACACAGAGAAGACUGCAGAGUUAGAGAGCAGGCUCUCUGCUCAGAUAGCAGAGACACAAAAACUCAAGGGGGAAGUUAAAACACUUCUAGAUAGUAAGGAAUUGAUGGAGAAAGAGCUUGCUUCAGCCACGAGCACAGCUGCCAUCAUGCAGGCAGAGAAGAGCAAGUUGCAGCAGGAGGUGCAGGAGUCCAAGAAGGAGCAGGACGAUCUUCUCAUGCUACUCGCUGACCAGGACCAGAAGAUUCUGAGCCUGAAACAGAGACUCAAGGACUUGGGAGAGAUGAUUGAAGAUGAGGAUGAUUUGGAUUCAAAGGACCAGUUUGAUGAUGAUGAUGAUGAAGAGGAGGAUGAGGAGUGUGAUGAAUAAAAAAAGUAUUGACUUUGA